AUGGUCCAGAAGACCAGCAUGUCCCGGAGCCCUUACCCACCCUCCCAGGAGAUCCCCAUGGAGGUCUUCGACCCCAGCCCGCAGGGCAAAUACAGCAAGAGGAAAGGGCGGUUCAAAAGGUCGGAUGGGAGCACGUCCUCAGAUACGACAUCCAACAGUUUUGUCCGCCAGGGCUCGGCGGAAUCCUACACCAGCCGACCAUCGGACUCUGACGUGUCUCUGGAGGAGGACCGGGAAGCCCUGAGGAAGGAGGCAGAGCGCCAGGCAUUGGCCCAGCUCGAGAAAGCCAAGACCAAGCCCGUGGCAUUUGCUGUGCGAACAAAUGUCGGCUACAACCCAUCUCCCGGAGAUGAGGUGCCAGUGCAGGGACUGGCCAUCACCUUCGAGCCCAAGGACUUCCUGCACAUCAAAGAGAAAUAUAAUAACGACUGGUGGAUCGGGCGACUGGUGAAGGAGGGCUGUGAGGUUGGCUUUAUCCCCAGCCCUGUCAAACUGGACAGCCUGCGCCUCCUGCAGGAACAGAAGCUGCGCCAGAACCGCCUCAGCUCCAGCAAAUCAGGUGACAACUCCAGCUCCAGCCUAGGCGACGUGGUGACUGGCACCCGCCGCCCCACGCCCCCUGCCAGUGCCAAACAGAAGCAGAAGUCGACAGAGCAUGUGCCCCCCUAUGACGUGGUACCUUCCAUGAGGCCCAUCAUCCUGGUGGGACCAUCGCUCAAGGGCUAUGAGGUUACAGACAUGAUGCAGAAAGCUUUAUUUGACUUCCUGAAGCAUCGAUUUGAUGGCAGGAUCUCCAUCACUCGUGUGACGGCAGACAUUUCCCUGGCUAAGCGCUCAGUCCUCAACAACCCCAGCAAACACAUCAUCAUUGAGCGCUCCAACACACGCUCCAGCUUGGCUGAGGUUCAGAGCGAGAUCGAGCGAAUCUUUGAGCUGGCCCGGACCCUUCAGUUGGUUGCUCUGGAUGCUGACACCAUCAACCACCCAGCCCAGCUCUCUAAGACCUCACUGGCCCCCAUCAUUGUUUACAUCAAGAUCACCUCUCCAAAGGUACUUCAGAGGCUCAUCAAGUCCCGAGGGAAGUCUCAGUCCAAACACCUCAAUGUCCAAAUAGCGGCCUCCGAGAAGCUGGCGCAGUGUCCCCCCGAAAUGUUUGACAUCAUCCUGGACGAGAACCAAUUGGAGGACGCCUGCGAGCACUUGGCCGAAUACUUGGAAGCCUAUUGGAAGGCCACACACCCGCCCAGCAGCACUCCGCCCAAUCCGCUGCUGAACCGUACCAUGGCUACUGCCGCUCUGGCCGCCAGCCCUGCCCCUGUCUCCAACCUCCAGGGACCCUACCUUGCUUCCGGGGACCAGUCGCUGGAACGGGCCACCGGGGAGCACGCCAGCGUGCACGAGUACCCCGGGGAGCUGGGCCAGCCCCCGGGCCUUUACCCCAGCAGCCACCCACCAGGCCGGGCGGGCACCCUGCGGGCACUGUCUCGCCAAGACACGUUUGAUGCCGACACCCCUGGCAACCGAAACUCUGCCUACACGGAGCUGGGAGACUCAUGUGUGGACAUGGAAACUGACCCUUCAGAGGGGCCAGGGCUCGGAGACCCUGCAGGGGGCAGCACCCCACCGGCCCGGCAGGGAUCCUGGGAGGAUGAGGAAGAAGACUAUGAAGAGGAGCUGACCGACAACCGGAACCGUGGCCGGAAUAAGGCCCGCUACUGCGCAGAGGGUGGGGGUCCAGUUUUGGGGCGCAACAAGAAUGAGCUGGAAGGCUGGGGGCGAGGUGUCUACAUCCGCUGAAAAGCAGGGGCCACACAGUGGCCCAGGGGAGGGGAAGGACC